AUGUAUUUGGGUCUCUUCUUGAGCUGUAGCACACUUACUACUGCUGCUUCGUUAUGGUCGUCGAGAGCAGCUUCUUGGGAUACAACCAAUGAAGCUUUUGUUCUUGGGAAUGGAAAACUUGGCGUGAUGCCAUGUGGAGAAGCCGGAACCGAGAAGCUCAACCUCAAUUACGAUGAUCUUUGGAGUGGAGGGCCAUUUCAGGUUGAUGAAUACCGUGGAGGAAACCCCAAUUCGAGUAUGGUGAACAUCUUGAAUGAUAUUCGCGCCGAGAUCUGGAAAAAUGGGACCGGAGAUGACAGCCGACUACACGGCGACGAGAGUGGCUACGGCUCCUACCACUCACUAGCCAAUCUCACUGUUCAUAUCGAGGGUAUAACAGACGCAACUGGAUAUAAUCGAUCUUUAGAUCUGAGCAACGGCGUACAUACGACAAUUUAUUCAACAGCGGAUGGCACCUACACCACUUCGAUUUAUUGUAGUUACCCCCACCAGGUCUGUGUCUAUCAUCUGGAAACACCCGCUGUACUGUCAAAUGUCUCGAUCUGGUUUGAUGAGCUUGUGGAAUCGAAAUCCCUAUACAAUACCACCUGUGGGCCCUCAUUCGCUCGCUUGCGUGGUAUCACCCAAGAGGGACCUCCUCGUGGGAUGCUGUACGACACCAUCGCCCAAAGCUCCCUUCCAGGUGUUUGUGAUACUUCAACAGGCCGCCUUAGCAUCAGCUCUUCCAGCAGUAAAGCCUUGACACUGGUCAUAGCAGCGGGGACAGAUUUUGACGCAACAAAGGGCAAUGCAGCCAAUGGGUUCACUUUCCGAGGCGAGGAUCCUGCAACACAAAUUCAAAAACUCACCAGAACCGCUUCUCAAUUACCAGAGUCGAAGCUUCGAGCUGCGCAUGUGGCAGACUAUAGUUCUUUGGCAAGUGCAUUCGUCUUAGGCUUGCCGGACCGUCAUGGCUCGUCGGCAGUGGAGUUCUCGGAACUUAUCACCAGAUAUAGUGCCGACUCAACAGCAGGAGAUCCAUUCCUGGAGAAACUCAUAUUUGAUUAUGGAAGACAUUUGUACAUUUCAUCAUCGCGAGAGAACAGUCUGCCACCAAAUCUACAAGGAAUCUGGAGCUCGACGCAGAGUUCAGCUUGGGGUGCAGAUUAUCAUGCCAACAUCAACCUACAAAUGAACAUGUGGGGUGCGGAAGCUACUGGCUUGGGAGAAUUGACGGUAUCCGUUUUCAACUACAUGGAGCAAACAUGGAUGCCUCGAGGUGCAGAAACCGCCCAGUUGCUUUACGGAGGCAACGGAUGGGUGACACAUAACGAGAUGAAUAUCUUUGGUCAUACAGGAAUGAAAACUUGGCAGACUUCUGCGGAUUAUCCUGCAGCACCGGCAUGGAUGAUGCAGCAUGCCUGGGAUCACUACGACUACUCCCGCGACAUCCAGUGGCUGCGUAAACAAGGCUGGCCGAUGCUGAAAGGGAUUGCCGAGUUUUGGCUUUCCCAGUUGCAAUCUGAUCAGUUCACUCACGAUGGUUCGCUCGUUGUUAAUCCAUGCACAUCCCCAGAACAUGGCCCAGUCACAUUUGGGUGCACUCAUUGGCAACAAUUAAUCUAUCAGGUCUUCGAGACCAGUCUGCAGGCUGGAGAAAUGGCGCAAGAUGGCGAUGAAUCAUUCUUCGCCGAAGUGAGGAACAAGCUAGCCAAGCUCGACAAGGGCCUUCACAUUGGCUGUUGGGGGGAAAUCAAGGAAUGGAAAUUACCUGAUAGCUACGGGUAUGAUGUCGAGGGUGAUGAGCACCGCCACCUAUCUCAUCUGGUUGGCUGGUAUCCCGGAUGGACCAUCUCAUCGUAUCAGAAUGGAUAUGCCAAUGCUACCAUCCAGGAAGCCGUGAAUACCUCCCUCACCAGCCGCGGACCUGGAAUUUCAGACUCCAAUGCGGGAUGGGAAAAGGUUUGGCGAUCUGCUUGCUGGGCUCUCCUGAACAAUACGGAAAAUGCAUACUAUGAGCUUCGGCUGACCAUUGACCAGAACAUUGGUCAGAGUGGACUGUCACUGUAUAGCGGUGGAGAUAGCCCCUCGGGCCCAUUCCAGAUUGAUGCCAAUUUUGGAUACGUUGGCGCUGUGCUUAGUAUGCUUGUCGUGGAUUUGCCUUUGGAUAGCUCGAGCUCCGAGUCUGCUCGUCGCACUGUGGUUCUUGGUCCAGCUAUUCCUAAGACUUGGGCGGGUGGUAGCGUUCAGGGCCUCCGUCUACGAGGCGGUGGACGUGUAGAUUUUUCGUGGGAUGAUCAUGGUGUGGUUGACAAAGUACAGGCCGAUGGACUUGCGGAGAAUGUUCACCUUGUCAAUGUGCAGGGAAAGUCGUUCGCAUAA